AUGAGACAGAAAUAACUUAUUGCCAACAUAGAAAAUGCUAUAAUUUACUUGAUUAGAGAUGGUGCAAACGAUGUGGGCGUUAAAAUACUAAAGGGAAUAACAUGGUUAGAACUUUAUGGGGAUGUAACUGAACUGUUUAGUGUAUUGAAGAAGUAAUGCAUCCAGAUAGACUUUGUAUUAAAAUAUAAAGUGAAGAAAUUGAUGGCAAAAGGUACAUUUGCUAAUGUAAGUACUGAUUUGAUUAUUGCUAGGUUUUUUUGGCAGAAAAUGCAAAGACAAAUGAACAAUUUGCUAUAAAGUGUUUUGAUAAGAAUUAGAUUUAGAAGAGUUCAAAAAAUUUAUAAUCUCUCUAAAAGGAAUUAAAGAUCCUUCGUUUAAUGAGACAUAAAUAAGUAAUGACUCUUAUAGAGACAUUCGAAACAGUGAGUUAUGUAUUUGUUGUGUAAGAAUAUUUGAGAGGAGGAGACUUACAUGAUUAUAUCGCUAGAGUAGGUCAAUUAUCAGAACGAAAAGUGCAUUCAGUGAUAUCUCAAUUAGUGAGUGCAUUAUAAUUCAUUCAUUCCUAAGGAGUCAUUCAUAGAGACAUAAAACCGGAGAACAUCAUCCUUAGAAGCCAAGAUAAUGUAGAAGAUUUAGUUAUAUCUGAUUUCGGAUUGGCAGAUUUUUAUAAUUUUGAUGGCAAUUACUUAUAUAAAUAAUGUGGUACACCUGGAUAUGCAGCACCAGAAAUCUUGAUGGGACAACCUUAUGAUUAUAAGGUCGAUGUUUACAGUUUGGGAGUAGUUUUUUACACUCUCAUAACAGGAAGAAGACCAUUUUAAGGGAAGAAUACUGAUCAAAUUUUUUAACUUAAUGAAAAAGGGGAGAUUAACUUUCAGAAUCUCCAUCUUAAGGCUGAAGGGCUGAAUUUGUUAAAGAAAAUGCUUGAAAUCAGACCAGAGCAUCGUUAUUCAUUGUGCAUGAUUAAAUCACAUAUCUGGUUGAAAAAAAUUCAUAUCAAAACUCAUUUAAGUUUGUAGUACAUCAAUGUGCCAGAAAGCGUGAAGAGUGGUGGAAGCAUUACUCCCAGAGUUCUCAUGACCAAAACUUACAAUGCUAAGUAGUUUCUAAAGACUGAGCAAAACCAAAGCACAGAAAGAAGACAUUACAAAUAAUAGGGAGGGAGAUACAACAUUUCUAUUGGGAACUUUACAAAAUUAUAAGGAAUCGUAUAUUGA